AUGUCAGAAAAUUGUACACCAAUUCAACUUCAUGAAUUCAGUGGCGCCAUAAAGGACGUUUCGGACGAACAAUUACAACUCUUGGAAAAAAAAAUUAAUACAUCCAUCGAGAAACUCCAGGAAUCAAAUCAAAUUAUGCUUGCGUUAGCAAAUGGUGAUACCAAAGGGGCGAAUGGCUGUCUUCAGUCAACUGAUAAAAGCCAACUAAGAGAGACUGACGACACCUUCGCUCAGCCAACAGGUAAAGAUUCGCUGCUAUAUAUGCAAACUGUCAAAGAAAAUAGGAAUGUCAUAAUAAAUCAAAAAGCUCGGUUACUUGUUUUAAAUCGUGAACUACAAAGGCGAGGAUUGAUACCAGCUGAAGAAUCUGAUGAACACGCAAAGCAAAAUUCACAAGAAGCGUCAAGCUUGGAGCAGAGCAACCAACAUAAAGAGGAAAAAAACUCUAUAUUUCUAUAA